CUCUGGCCUCUGUCUGACAGACACACACAUACACACACACACAUUGGCAUGCACUUACCUUCAGGUAGUUUUGCUCCAGUUGCUUUGUUUAAUGACUUCAAUAUGAAGCUGCCAAUAUUUUUUAUUUUAGGGAUGUUUUUGAAUCUUGCACACAGCAGGGAAAUGCAAGAUUCGCCCAGUGACUUGGUUCUCGACAAAACUGUAACAGGGAUUUUGGGGGAAGAGGUCUACCUACGUUGUAUGUACACUGGGCAAUAUACAGUUAUGUUCUCCUCCUGGAACCGUCUGGAUUCCUCAAACAGUGCACGGAAAAUGGCGGGCUACAACUACUUUAACACUCCAUUCAGCAGAGAAAACUUUGACUUACCAGCAUCACUUACCAACCUCACUGUGAAAAUGAGCAUAGAGAGUCUUGACAAUAACGGAGAAUAUACGUGCGUCUUCAACACCGAUGAAGUUGAAACCAAGGACACCAUGUUCCUCACUGUCAUUGCCCGGCCUGAUGUUGACAUCACUGUAAAGGAAGAAGUUGUGAACGGGAUGCUCCACCAAGCUGUCACUUGUGCUGCCUCCAAUGCCAAGCCAGAGGCUUUUAUUAGAUGGAAGAUCUCUGGUGCCCUUCCAAGAGAUGACAUCUUUACUGUAAACACGACUAAUGUUGUUCACCCCAACGGCACAAGCAGUUCAAUCAGUGUACUUCGCUUCCCCUUAAUUAUGAAUAAUGAGAGUACGGUUACCUGUGUCGUCGAACAUCAAGGCUUUACUGAACCUAAAGAAGCCAACAUAGAGGUGGCAACAUUUGUUCAACCUUUUGUGACCAUGGAGACCGUCCUGGUCCAAGAAGGCGGAGAAGAUUUCCAAGAAGUCACCUGCACUGCAUCAGGGGGACGACCACACCCAAAUAUCACAUGGAUAUUGCCUGAAUCAAAAAACAUGACACUUUCACAGAGAAACACCUCAAAACCAGAUACAGUUACAAGUUCAUACCGGUUCCCAUCAGACCUUUAUGGGGGCCAAAACAUCACUUGCAUUUUUGAAUACACCCUUCUUCCUUUUUCAAACACAAAGACUGUUACCCUGCCAACUUACUAUCUCUCCUCGCUUAAGCUGAAAGACAACAAUCUUGCUAUAAAGGGUGAAAAUCAAACUUCACUGGCAUUUCAGAUGGAGGACACAAACAUUGCAAUCGAAAUGGAUGUUUUGGGCAAUUUUCCAAGUUAUAAAAUCAGCUGUAUCAAGGAAGAUCAACCAAUGCCAGAGGAUGUGCAUGUGGUUGGAAGUGAUCUGUUUAUCAGCGGACCUCUAGAGCUGAAGCACGCAGGACAGUAUCUCUGUCGGGCCUCGUACCGUACACAUUCAGCAUCUUUGCAGUUUACGCUUGAAGUGAAUCCAAAAGUCAUAUUGCCAGUGUCAUUUCCCCCAAACAUUAGUUGGAAUCUUAAGGAGAAUUCAGACCACAUUUCCAUUGAAUGUUUGGCCUUAAACGCUGCACCUGCUGCAAACGUGUCCUGGACCCUUCCACCAAAGCUGAAUGCUACGGUUCGCUCUGAUGUCACUUCCUUUAAUGGAUCACAUUCUGUCAGUAGUGUGUUGACUCUGCCCAUAUGCGUGCCCAGUGAAUACACAGUUGAGUGCAUAGUCGAACAUCCGCAUCUAACAGGAAAAGAGACACGACAAAUUGCUCUUCCAGUUUGUGAGGCACCAAUUAUAACAUUGCAGUCCAGUGUUGAAUGGGAGAACGACAUUGCAUAUAUGCGGCUGGUUUGUUCGGUGGAGAGUCAGAGGCCUACAGCAUCUAUCAGCUGGGUUACAGAGCGCUGUGAUAUUGACAUCCGACCUGGUGUGACUGUUAUGAGUAAGAAUGAGUAUCAGCAGAGUCAUACUGUGAUCGUUGGGAGUGUGGCACACGUCCCUAUUUACAUGUAUGCUGGAUGCACCAUUACCUGUGUGGUUGAGCACAGUGGGUUCGAGAAACCAGAAAAAAGAGCAUUGGCCUUCCACCAUUAGGGCCGUCUAAAAGCCAAUUGUUUGUGGAAGAAGAUAUAUACAACCAUCUAUGGCAUGCUGUGUGUGAGUACACUGGCAAUGGAGUAAAACCCAACAUCUCCUGGAUUCUUCCCGAUGAAGACACCAUAAUUCAG